GCAGCUAUCAUUGAAAUGAUUUCUCGUCAAGUAUUUUCUAUAAAAGCGUAGAAAAGUAGAAAAAAAAACAUUAAAUCAACAAUUAUAAAAUUCUAGCUUUAAAUAGUAUUUGAUGCAAUGAUUCCCGUCGAACAACCUGCAGGUUGACAGUGAUAAUAGGUCAACACGUCUACUGGUAACAAAUCUUGGCGCCGCCUCGCCUUGGUCGCAGCUCUGCAUGCAUCAGCAAAGCAGCAGCACAUAAUCGGCCAUUUGCACGCGGUGCAGUGUCUUGUCGAGAGCUGCUCGCUCGUCGGAAUAUUUCGCUCCGUCAUUCUAUUAUCUGAGCGAAAAAUUGCCGCGACGCCUCUUUGUCUACUCUGUCCUGGGAGAAUCUCUCCACCACGGGUUACAAUACGAGGGUCUGCGCGAAAAUAGCCAUGAGUUCUUGAGCUCUGUAGAAAGACGAAAUACCACGAAAUAACAAAACUCUCGGUUCCGUCGUUGGGACACGCGCCAUCUGGACAGCGCCACAUUGAAGAAUCAUGAAGGUGGAUGAUACUUAGGUGACGUUGGAUAAUUUUUGGAAGUGAUAUACAUAUAGUAGCUGGCAGCUUUAGCUGCUGGAGCAACAAUGAGUAACAACAGUUUUCUGUCCAUGGAUUUUGAGGAGUGCGACAGUUCUAUAAUCGAUGGCACGAAUGCUGCUGCUGGUCAAAGUCCAGCUUUGUACGAAAAGAAUAAGCACAACAAUGAAAGGUCCGAAGAGGACUCGGACACGCAGGAAGGGGAUAUGGAGAUAGCCUCAGAUGUCCGGGAGGUGAUAAAAAUUAAGAAAAUCAACUUAUCUGACAAUGAGGAUCACAAUUACACUGAUACUCAAACAGAAAAGUCAGAUAAUUCAAACACAGGCUUCACAAGUAACUUUAUAUAUUCAAAAGUGGAAAAUUCUGGGAAAGAAAAGUAUAUUGGAUUGAAAAUAUCAAAUCUGAACGAUUUAAAGAAAGCUAUACCUCGAUUGAAGUUGCCAACAAUCCUCUCAUCGACAUCGUUGUCACCAUCAUCGUCUGUUAAAAAACCAACAGCUGUGCCUAUAGAAGUUAAACAGAAAUUACACAAAUAUUGCCGUGCCUGUGCUGGUUUGAAAGUUCCAUUGAUUAACAUAUUCAGUGUUAAAGGAAAGCAGAUGCGACUAGCACAGCAAAUACAACACUUAGAAGACAUAAAUGAACAUGAUAGCUUGUCUACUCAAAUGUGUAUGGAUUGUAUUUGUGAUUUAAGAAUGAGUUAUAAAUUCUUCAUGCAAAUCAAAAAAGCUGAAAUUAAAUUAAAAUCGAUUUGCGAUUCAUUCAAUAAUUUUCCAAAAACAUCUGAAGAUGAUGAGAUGACUGACGUUUUUAUAAAAAAAGAAACACCCAUGGAAAGUAGUAAUUAUGAAGUUCUCGAUAAUGAAGGAAUUAAAAGUGAGGCUGAAGAUAUUGAUUGUACUGAAAUGAAUGAGAUUAGUAGUAUUGGAAAUGAUUCUUUUGAAGAAUUUGAUCCUGACAAUCCGAACUAUACAGAUGAAGUUGAUAGUAAAAAAAUUACAGAAUCUUAUAUAGAACUGGACGAAAGUACAGGAUCUAAUAUCAAUACUGAUAAAUCUUCAAAAUCUGAGACUUAUUCAAAUAACGUGAUGGAGUCUGAAACUGAUUUAGACAAAGAAUCUGAAAUAAUUAUACAAGAUGACAUUGAUAAGCACAACGAUUCAGUGUAUCAAUAUGAUGAGAGUUUGGAUGCAUACAUCAAAGUUGAGCAUUCUGAAGGAGCCCAAGAAGAUGUCAAACCUGAAAAUAAGUUGGUAGAAAGUAAUACUACAAAUGCUUCACAGACUUUCCAAUCCUUCAUUCCACUGACAAAAUCAUCUAAUACCUCAAAGAGGAAGUUAUCAAGUGGAAAUAUAAGCGAUGAUAGUAAUGAUAAACCUAAUAAAAUAGAUUUUCAAAAGUUAAAAGAUUUGAAAAUUCCAAAGUUGGACCUUCAAGAUUCUACAAAAAUCAAAACACAAGAAGAUGGAGUAAUGUAUGUUACUGCUAAAGGCUCUAAGCCCAAUGAAGUGCUCUUAAUAAAAGUGAAAAAAAUGAACAAACCAAGUGAAAAAAAGGUAGAAAAAACUCUUGGUAAAAAAAAAGGUGAUGCGAUUCUUCAUCAAAAAGGAUAUUCAAGAUAUGAGUAUGCAAACAAAAAGGAUAAUUCCAUCGAUGAACAAAUAGAACAAUAUAAAAAGAAAAGAGUUCAAAUUUUAGGAGAAGUUGCAAAUAUGACAGAAACGGAUUUUGAUGAGAACUUAGAAGCUAGAGUCAUAGGUGGAGAGGUUUCAACUGAGAUAGAAAUGGAAGAACAAGAAGACGAGAUGGAAAAUACAGAAGAAUAUGUAGAUCAUAUAGAGUUUUCUGAAACACCUGCUUUUCCAUCUCAGCAUGAAGCUCCAUUGACAAAAAUACAACAGCGCUGGAAAGAUAUUAAAAAGAGACAUGAAACUAUUCAUAAAGAUUUAGCAGAAGACUGCACAGAUAGAUUAAAAUCUCUUCUAAGACAAAAGGAUGAAGAUAUACAAGAGUUUAUUAGUUAUUUAAAACAACGGAGAAUCGUCGUAUCACGUUUAAAAGAUGAACAUAUAAUUUCAUUGUAUGAGGCAAAAAAUCAUGUACUUUUGGAAAAGUUACCUCUACAAUUUUUCGCUACACCAGAAGUGGAUAUAGAUCCUUUUGAAUUUAAAGAAAUUUUUGAUUGUGACUUUUGUGAUGAAUCUUUUCCAAGCAGGGAUAUGGAAUAUGAGCAUUCGAAAAUUCACGACUUCAAAUUAAUGCAUUACUGUGAAGAUUGUCAACAAGAAUUUCUAACUCACAAGGGAAAGCGCAGUCAUAAUAUUACUUGUGUACAGAAGCUGAUGUGCAAAUACUGUGAUAUGAUACUAGAGUCUAAAGGAAAGAAAAGGCAGCACGAACAAAAACAUUGUGAUGAGCAAAAUGGUCAGCUUUGUGAUCUAUGUGGUGAAAAAUUCAAACAUCAGGGCACAUUAGAUCAGCAUGUCAAAUCUCGACACAUGCAGUUGGAAAAGAUUUACAAAUGUCCACAGUGCUCAAAGAGAUUUGCCUUCAGGACAAAACUGACUUUCCACUUAAAAUCGGUUCAUACCACCAGCAGACCUUAUUUAUGUGAAGACUGCGGGUCAGAUUUCAAAAAUCCAGCAAGUCUUAGACAUCAUAGAAUACGAAAACAUCAGCCAACAAAUAACAAGAAAGAAUGUACUGUUUGUCACAAGAUGAUACCAGUCUACAGUAUGUCCAAGCACAUGCAUACUCACAAGGCCUACACGAUUCAAUGUCCUCAUUGUGAUAAGAUGUUCAAGAAUACAUCAACUCUGAAGCAGCACAUAAGGAUCCACGAAGAUCAACGGCAAUACAAGUGCGAUAUGUGCGGCGUUGGGUUUAACAGACGCGAUGGUCUGAGGUUGCACAUGAAAGUUCACUUAAAGGCAGAUAGCAGAGGUCUGAAAGAAUGCUCGUGCCAGCUUUGCGGUGAAAAGUUCCCCAAUCACUCGAUGCUCGUCAUCCACAGAAAUCGUACGCACAAAGACGGUCGGAACUACACUUGUCAUAUAUGCAACAGGUCAAUGAUCUCCACACGAUCGCUGGAGUGGCAUUUGGCUCACAUACAUAACGAAACGAUGCCAGGCAUCGUCAGGGAUGAAUCCAGCGUUGAUGCCGAGACCAAGCGAGUAUCUUGCUAUCAUUGCGACAAGACCUUUAAAACCGAGAUGAUUCUGAGAACGCAUGUGAAGAACACGCACACGGAAAAGGAACCCAUGAAAUGCCUGGAUUGCGAUCUGAAAUUUACGUCCGAAGUUCGACUGAAGCACCACAUGAUGAUCGAGCACAAUCGUUUGGAGGGUACCCUCGCCUGUCCUCACUGUCCCAAGAGGUUCGUCAACCAACUUAGACUGAAGACGCAUAUGAUAUCACACUCGGACGAGCGGCCGUUCACCUGUGACAUAUGUGGCUUUAUGUUGAAGACUAAAAUCCAACUGAUCAAACACAAGCAGAAUAGACACAGCAACGAGCGACCACUGCAGUGCAGGUACUGCGCAUGGAGGUGUAAACAAGUCAGUGCGCUGGUUUGUCAUGAAAGAACCCACACGAACGAGAGACCCUACAGUUGCAGUGUGUGCAAGCAGAAGUUCAAGUACCUGGGUGAUAAGAACAAGCAUGAGAGACGGCACGAAAGCCUUGGCGGUUCUGGGUUUAAGAGAAUCGUUACUGGGAGAAAUACGAAUAAGAGUGUCAAAAAAAAAGAUUCAAAUUCACAAGAGCAGGAUUCCGAAGUGGAGCACGAGGAGUACGAUGCUGAACAGCAAGAGGAAGAAGAAUACGAAGAACAGGUUGAAGGACAGGUCGAAACUUUUGAUGAAACACAAAUUAUUAAAUUUAAUGAUAAUGGAGAAAUAAUAAAUGAGGAAUCUGAAACAUCUUAUGACCAGAUGUACGUAGAGGAUACAUCACAAGAUGCGAGUGACUCGAGUAAAAUCGUGAUAGGUAUGGAAGAAGGAACAGUUUAUGAGGAAGAAGUUACAGCGGAUCAGAUUGAAUCGGAAAUGAUUACUGGUAAUAUAAUAAAUGAGCACAUGUUACAAUCAGGAACUAUACACACGAUACAACCAGGAACUGUGGUCCAUCUUCAGCAACAAGACGAAACGGGAAAGAUCCAAGUAAUACCAGUUAUGCUGUCAUUGCCAGACUUGUCAGAUGCCACUGCUGAAGUUAAUUUAGCAACCGCCUCUAUAAUGUAUAACAACUAAACUAUACAGAAGAAUAAUAUAUACUUGAGUUGAUAGUAGUUCAUCUGUGUGUUUUAUGAGUACGAACAUGCGCGUUCGUAUAUGAAAGUGAAGUGAUUGAAAACUUGGUAUAAGAUUAGUGUGAAUGAAGACUUAAGAUUUAUAUACUAUCGCUGAUGUAAGUAUGACUAUAUAAGAACAAUAUGCUAAUAUUGUUUUUUCUUAUAGUCAUUAGUUAUUUAUUAUUAGAAAAAUAUUUGAAAUUUAUUGUUUAAAAAAUCAUAUACAUUGUACAUUUACAUAACUUAGUUUUAUUGAUAGCAUGAGCGUUUUAGCGUUCAUCAAGCCUGGGGAUUCAAAUCGCAAAAAUGUUCUUAUUGAGAUGAUAUUAAAAACAAAAUCUUGUAAAAUAGUAUAAAUACGUAGGUAGAUUAAACGUAAUUCUUAUCGAUAACUAAUCAUUUUUUAAUAAUUGAAAUUAAUAUGUUAAUUAUCGAUGAAGGGCGAUUGUAAAAAAUUCAUAUUUUUAAGUAAAUAAAGCUUUUCAAACUAUAAAA